UCGUGUGAUUGCUAUUCCGGUGGAUCUGCUGCUGCUAAAACACAACAUAAAAUCAAGAAAAGUAUUCUCGGGAGCAUCGCGACUUGCGCUCUGUGCGAGUGUGGAUUAAAUCUUUCCGAAAGGGGAAGUUUUUGCCGGUUGCAGUGGGAUUCGGAACACUUUCGUGCACUCUCACACAUCCACAGUACAUUUGACAGAUGUCCAGCUUUUUUUUUUUGCUGCUGCUCCCUCUCCGGAUUAAGAAAAUACAGAGAGAGCGAGAAUAAAGAAGCCACCCAGCGCAAUAAAAUGUUAAUAAAAAAUUGAAUUAGGGUGUGUCUAUUGUGAAACACUGAACAAUGAGGGGAUCUAAUUAGACAAUCCACUCAGGUUUUUCUUCCAUCUUCUGCGCGACUUUCAAGCUGUGAUCCGGCGAAUCUCGGGCCAAGAUGUGCUACGUAGUCAUCACCGGACGCAGCCUUCUCUGGUUCCUCAUGACUCUCGUGGCAGCAAUGCUCACGGUGUCCGCUGUUGUGUCACCCAAAUGGCUCAUCGGUCCGGAAGUAUUCACAGUAAAGAACAAUUUCACAACUCAGGAGCGACGACCCUCACUUGGGAUCUAUACAAGGUGCACAAUGAUGCUGGAUGGACACUACCACUGUGGCCCAUUUGACUUUGAUGGCUUCUUCACGGAUUCAUCGGUUUAUCCAACGGAAUUCAAGGUCUGCAUGUUCUUCAUCUCACUGGGCCUCUUCAUCCUCUCUGCCACAGUCUUCCUCACACUCAUCACAUGCUGUCGACAAUCACUCCUUGGCAAGAGUAUUCAUACAAUGACUGGAUCUGCACAGGCUUUUGCCGGCAUCUCUAUCAUGAUCGCCCUCUUCCUUCAUCCCCUCGGUUGGGGUGCUAAACGAGUCCUCAGACUCUGCGGGGACUCGGAAGCUUUCUACCCGGGAGAUUGUGCCAUCGGCUGGGCACUUUACUGUGCUGUGGCCGGAAUGAGUUUAGCCUUCGUGUGUGCCUUGAUCAGCCUCAAAGCUGAAUCAGCCAAUAUGAGUGCCUCCGUCAAGAGACGCAUUGAAGCUGGCGAGAGACUUGUCUUCUUCCUCUGAAGAUACCUUAAUGGACUUUAUGUAUAGCCUCUAUUUCUUAAUCUCAACCUUAAGGGGGAAGGCAAAUUCGUCGCUCUCUCAUUCCCAAAUUCAAGGAUUCAAAGAAGAAGAAGAAAUUUAAAAGUCCAGAAAUUGCUCUAUGAGCGGCAGAUCUGACCUAUACCCCCUAUCUCUAAGGAAUCUCUAUUUUUGUACUUCUCACCCCAAAGACUCGCGACUUAAGCUCACUGUGAGUGAGACGAUUUAUAUUGUAUUUUUUUUUAACACACCGUCAAUGUAUUCUCGAGCUUUUGUAACGACUUUUACACUCACACAAAAUACUCAAAAAAGUAAAAUGUAUUUUUAAGGGUAAUUUUUGAAUGUAUUUUUUUAUACAACAUUAAUUUUUGAGCAUAUUUUUUAUGUAAUUAAUCUUUAAUAAAAUGAAAAGGAAAAAAAAUAUUAAACUAACAA